CGCAACAAUCAGCUCUUAGCAUGGUUGCUAAAUGUGUAAGUCCUAGUAACUGGCACUUAAUGACUUAUUUUUUGAGUGUCAUUACACUAUUUUUGCUUGUUAGCAUGAGGACCCAGAGGAAGAACAUCACGUCUUGAUUAUAUAUAGUGUCGUGUUAAGAUUUAUUAAUUAUUUAUUUUGUAUUUUUGGCGUGAUAGCGCCUCUGUGUAGAGGAAAUACAUUGCUAGCACAGCUAGUUGGUGAUCCUGUCUGAGUUUGUAGUGCCAGAGGGGGAUGGAUCCUCUGGGUGCCCGCUCCCAGUUUGUGGAUAUCCAAACUCUUCCCACAUGGCAGCAGCAGCUGGAUGAGGGUGGCGAAGAGAAACGGCUGGUCCGGAGCAACAGCAUGCUAAGCCAGACGUUCCCCUCACCCUUCCCCUUCAGACCAGACAUCAACCGCAAGAUCAUCCUCUUUGCUGGCGACAUUGCCCUGCUGAACUGCACCGCCGUCGUGAACACCACCAACGAGUCACUGAGCGACAAGAACCCCGUGUCUGACAGCAUCCAUCAGCAGGCGGGGCCUGAGCUCCAAGACGAGCUGCUCAAACUCAAAGGAUGCCGGACGGGGGAGGCAAAGCUGACCAAGGGCUUUAACCUGGCAGCGCGGUUCAUCAUCCACACGGUGGGACCAAAGUACAAAACCAAAUACAGGACGGCAGCAGAGAGCUCGCUAUACAGCUGCUACAGAAACGUCAUGCAGCUGGCUACAGAGCAGUCAAUGGCAUCAGUCAGCUUCUGUGUGGUGACCACAACCAAAAGAGGUUAUCCUCUGGAGGACGCAACACACAUCGCUUUAAGGACAGUGCGGCGGUUCCUGGAGAAUCAUGGGAACAGCAUAGAGACGGUGGUGUUCGCAGUUUCAGACACAGAGGAGUCUGUGUACAAGAAGUUGCUCCCUCUGUACUACCCUCGCUCUGAGGAAGAGGAGAAGGCCUGCCUGCCUCUCAUCCCAGCUGACAUUGGCAAUUCUGAGGGCGAACCAGUCAUUCCAGAAAGACAGAUCCGUAUCGCAGAGAAACCAGGCAGCAUUGAAGAUGAAUGUGAAGAAGACAGUCUGGAGCUGGAUCUGGGUCAGGUCGGGACUCACGCCUUCGCCCGGAUGGAGGGUGAUGUAGACAAACAGCGGAAACUGAUCUUACAGGGACAGAUGUCUGAGGCAGCCAUGCAGAAACAACACCAGAGGAACUACAGUCGCUGGCUAUGUCGAGCGAGAGCAGAAGACCUGUCAGACAUUGCUGCACUGAAAGCCUUAUACCAAACUGGUGUGGAUAUAUGUGGCAGGACGGUGAUGGUUGUGGUUGGGCGAAACAUCCCUGUGACCCUCAUCGACCUUGAAAAGGCCCUGUUGUACUUCAUCCAUGUAAUGGAUCACAUCACAGUGAAGGAGUAUGUUAUGGUUUACUUUCACACACUGACCGGAGAGCAUAACCAUCUGGACUCCGACUUCCUGAAAAAACUCUACGACAUCGUUGACGCCAAGUAUAAAAAGAAUUUGAUGGCUUUCUACUUUGUACAUCCAACAUUUCGCUCAAAGGUUUCAACAUGGUUCUUCGCCACUUUCAGCAUUUCCGGCAUGAAGGAAAAGGUCCGUUACCUCGACAGUCUGCAACAACUCUUCACCUGCAUCAGGCCCGAGCAGAUCGACAUCCCUCCAUUUGUCUUGGAGUACGAUGCACGAGUGAACGGAGCCUACCAUCGUUCAGAGGCUUCCGGCCUGUGACAGGAGUCCAGUCAGCUCUCUCUGCCCAAGUGACAAAGGGUCGAAUGUCUUUUCUGGGUUGCCUGUGUGGUCUAAACUCCUCCAACCUCCUCUUUAAGGCUUUGAACCUCAGUUGGGGAAACUCUUCUUUUGUUCUGUUCCUGCCAAAAAGGACCAAAUGAACAGUCGCAGUGCACAUAUAGCACGAUGCGGUCUGGUGAGCAAUCAUUCUUACUCACCACAGACUAUUUAUGGAUCUGGUAUGGCUUCUGGAUUAUGCCUUACACCAAGAGAUCUUACUCAGUUUUCUCAUACUUCCCAAAAUAUGAAGUAUCCCGUCACAGUUGGCAUGUUACUCGAAGCCUUUCCUAUGAUGUGGUCAUAUCAGACAUCCUCGCCCAUGUCUCAGAAGAUGGCCAGACUUUUGAAAUGCUGGAGUGAGACGGGGAAGAUGAUGUCUGUUUGGAUUUCCACACCAUUUCAUUAAGAAUCGUGCAACACGGGGCGGCAGAAAGUCUGAAGUAAGGACAAACUUUGGGUUUCACUCAGCCGGAAGUUUUUCCCACCUGUUUCUACGUAUGAGAGACUGUGUUCUCCAGCAGUCAAAACUGGAAAAAUCCCAGAGAAGCAUUAACGGCGGAGAGAUUUUCUUUGAUUAAAAACACUGCAGCUCAACUAAUGUAUGCCCGCUAGCUCACUUUAACUUUACAUACCAAGGAUAAGGUUGUCUUCAUGCCUGUGUGUACAUAUGAAGCUGCAUCCAGGAGAUGGUUAGCUUAGCUUGGCACAAAAGGCUCAGUUUAAGACCUGGUUUUAGUACAGGUUACUCAGACAAGCUGUUAAGGAUCAGCCAGUUUUAGAGGUGUUAAAAGUGGAUUUUCUUACCUUUCAGCAGAGUUGGUUCAGCUGUAGCUUCAUGUACCUGUUUAAGUUCACAGAUAUUAGAGGGAGAUCCCUCUUAUCAUCCAAUUCCUGGCAGGAGAAUAAACAAACCGUCUACCAAAUGUGUCAAUCUGUUGCUGGAAGCAGUGCUGAAGUAUUUCUGCUUAGCAUUAAUGUAAAAAGCCCUGUUUGUUUUCCGGUUGGCUUUAAUGGAGGGUCUGAAAGGCAGCCGGGCAUGUGUGCAUCUACCAACCUUGUCAGCAUCGUGCCACUGAAACAGAAAUGUAACCUGCAGUUAUUUGAUCAGUGAAUUUAGGAAAACUGCUUCCACUUUCUUUGCUUCAUUGUUAUAAAUCGAAUAUUAUAAAACAAGCUCAUUUAUCGGUUUCUGGAGACUGAACGUUUUCACGGUUUCUAGAAACUUUCUAGAAUAGGCAGCAACUGGAAUUGUUAAAAAUAAAUCAGUUGUCAGUGAUGCAGGUCUAAUAAAGUAGUGCCUCUGUAAGUGCUGACGGGUUUUACGCACGUCAAAAGGGACGAGAAUGACUCAUCACCCUCACAGACCCCCACAAAGGAAAACUGAGCUCCUUUUUUUUUUUUUUUUUUUUUUGUGCGUUUGUGUCAAAAUGCUGUUACUCACUCACUGAUUCCUUUGUUCGCACAGCUUGUUCCACUUUCAUUAGUAGUUUGAUUUGUCUUGGACUACCACACGUAUGGGAUUCCAAAUCAAGCGGCGCAAACAUCGAACCUCUAAUCAGUCAUGAUGUAAGCAGACCCCAUAUGUCUGGUAGCCCAAGACUCACACUAUCACCAGUCUCUGUUUGAUGGACACCUGUCACUUUGGGGUGAGUUCACCUGUGUGUAGUUGUGUGUUCAUCCAGUCCAAACAUCUGCUUUGAUCUUGGCUCUGUUGGCAGCAUGGAAACUCUUUGGGAAGUCAUUUAACACUAGCGCACAGAGUUCAGCUUAAAACUCUGAGGUUUCAGAAACUCUAAUGUGCUGUUGGAGGAUAUGUUACUCACUCCAGGACCCUGCUUUUAAAACCAGUAAGAAAUGACCUUGUAAAGAAAACAUACACAGUCAAAUUAAACUAUUUAAUGUCUUUAAACCUCUUUUUUUCCUCAGUGCUUCGAGUUCCUUUCAGUGAAAUGAGAUUAGUGUCCCCUCCUCUGAUAAAAUGCUCCGUAUGCUUUCAGGAAAAAAAAACAAACAAAUUUAAAGGCUGAAAGUGACAUUGAGUUUCUAAAAGUGUUAAAGAAGCCUGACGUGUGUGAGGAAAAGCAGAGAUCACUGAAUUAAUUGACUUACUGUUAGAACUGUGAUUAUUUCAGAAUGUAUAAAUGAGCCAAUUUUUGAUGUCCUGAAAUGUGUAUAUAUCCUUUUUUUUUUUAUUAAAUAAUUUUAAAGUGACAUGGAGGACCUGGCUGUUGACAUCUAAGCAUGAUUUCAUUCAUGUCUACAUUUCCUGUAAUGUUGGGUUUUUUUUGGUUUUUUUUUAAACACACUGAUUAUAAGAAUGUUUUUUGUUUGUUUUUUUUCUUCUUGAUUAUUGAAAGCUCAGACUAUCCUUUUAGGAAAAAGCUGGUUGUAUUGUGAAAAGUAUUUAA